AGCUUCCUUCUCUCUUCUUUUUUCGCUCUCUCUCUUUCUAGACUUCGUUUUGUUGACGACACCAACUCUCUCUCCCCCUCUCUCUCCCUGCGCGCGCGUCGCAGACCCAACGUCCUCCCUCUCCCCUCCCCAGAGAGGGAAAUAUCAUUUUUCAAUAAAAUUGCUGGAAAGCACAAUCUAACAUCCUGGGCUGUUAUUUACUUCUUCCAUAGAGCCUCCGGAGAAUGCAGCUUUUUAGGGUUUUCUCCGUGGGCUCUCAUUUUUCUGAGAGCUUCGAUUCAGCGACAGGUUAAUGGUAAUCUGCUAGAUUAGAAUGAUUUAUUCAAAUUGAGAUGGGCUCGUGUGGGAAAUCAAGUAUAUUAGACGACGCCUCAAGCGGGUCUGUCAUUGAGCAGCACUCACGCGCAGAGUUUCCAUUGCAGUCUAUUCCUGUGCAGCGGUCCUGUCCAUUAGUAACUUGCAAUGCAUUGGACACUAAUGUGGAGCACUCCAAUAUGAUGGAGGGACGUAUGAUUUCGUCUAGAGAGGUCCACACUGGGUGUGCCAGCUCCAUUGUUGCUCCAGAGAUGUCCAGAGAUUCAUGGUUGAUGGCGAAGGAAAAUGACAAUACUGAUAGGUUACAAUGCUCAGGUACAGUAGUAAGUUGCAAUGCGGUAGACUCUAAUGUUAAGCGCUCCAAUAUGAUAGAAGGUUGUAUGAAUUCGUCUGGAGAGGUCCACACUGGGUCUUCAAGUUCCACUGAUGUUCCACAGAUAUCCGGAGAUUCAUUGUUGAUGGAGAACAAAAGUGAAAAUACGGUUAGUUUACAGCGGUACUGUCCAGUGGUUACUAGCAAUGUGUCGGACUCUAAUGCUGAGCACUCCAAUAUGAUCGAAGGUUCUGUGGAUUCAUCUAGAGAGGUCCACACAGGGUCUGCAAGCCCUGUUGAUGCUACAGAGGUGCCCAAAGAUUCAUUGUUGAUGGUGAAUAAAAAUGGAAUUACUGAUAUUUCACAACAGUCCUGCCCAGUAGUAACUUCCAAUGUGUUGGACUCUAAUGUUGGUUGCUCCAAUAUGAUGGAAGGUUGUAUGAAUUUGUCUAGAGAGGUCCACACUGGGUCUGCAGUUUCCAUUGAUGUUCAAGAUAUGUCCAGAGAUUCACUGUUGACGGUGAACAAAAAUGAAAAUACCGGUACACGUUCAGUUGUAGCUUCCAAUGUGUCGGACUCUGAUGUUGAGUGCUCCAAUAUGGCGGAAGGUUAUAUGAAUUCAUCUAGAGAGGUCCACUCUGGGUCUGCAAGUCCCAUCAAUGCUUUGGAGAUGCCCAGAAAUUCAUUGUUGGAGAACAAAAGUGGAAAUACUGAUAUUUUACAACAGUCCUGUCUAGUAGUGACUUGCAAUGCGUUGGACUCUAAUGUUGAGCACCCCAACCUGUUGGAAGGUUGUAUACAUUCAACCAGAGAGAUGGGAGGCUCCAUUGAUGCUCCAGAGGCAAUCAGAGAUUCAUUGCUGAUGGAGAACAAAAGUGAAAAUACUGAUCUAUUACAACAGUCCUGUCUAGCAGUAACUUGCAAUGCGUUGGACUCUAAUGUUGAGCGCUCUAACAUGAUGGAAGGUUGUAUGAAUUCAUCUAGAGAGGUCCAUACAGGACCUGCAAGUCCUAUUGAUGUUCUAGAGAGGUCUGAAGAUUCUUUGUUGAUGGUGAAUAAAAGUGAAAAUACUGAGAUGUCACUUCUGGAGAAAACCUCAGAGAAUGAAAGCCAGACUUGUCCAAGUAUAUUUUGUGCGCAAAUUAAACUUUCUAAUCUAGAAAAUGUCAGGUUGGUCUCGGAAGGAAAACCUCAUGCCAAAGAUGGCCUCAAAAUGCCAUCAGACUUCAUAUUGACUAGUGGUUCACCUAAGGAUUGUGUUCAUCAGGAUGGGCACAAGGAUGAGAAGAGCAACAUAUUCCACUCUGAAGGUGAAAAAGAUGCUGGUUUACCAACUGGCUUCCUGGUUUAUUACGACCAACAAAGCGAACAAGAGGACCCUAUGAGAAAUGCUAAUCAAUUGUUGGAGGGUGUCAACGAAGGUGAUUUGAUUUGUGGGAUUGAAGCUGAUGCCUACAAGCAGACUCAUUCACAGGGCAGUGAAGUACCCACAGAUGUAAUAUAUACUGAAGCAGAGGCCACAAGUGAUCAGAAAGAUGGUGACGAUGAAAAUAGUCCUGAUGAAGACUUUGUUGAUAAAGAAAGUAUCAUUAAUACACAUGUCCAAGUAUUCUCCUCACCAGGCCAUGAAAGGAUCCUGGGGAGUUUGCCUGUAACUUGUUCAUCUAGCGAGGCUAUCCACUCAGAUAAGGAGAAGGGGAUUGAUGAUAUCGAUACUGAUUUUGAUGCAGAAGGUGUUGUGAAAGUUAAGGAAAAAAAUAAUGAUGUUAGUACUGAAAUAAAUGUUGAAAUGAAGAACAAUAUGCCAAAAGAUGAUAAUGCAUGCAAGUUUAAUGACAGUUCCUCAAAAACUCAUGCCAACUGUACCUUGAGAAAAACGUUUCCUCCUGAAUCAGAUCUUCCUUCUGUUGACUAUAUCAGUAUUAGCUCUCCAAGGGACGUGCCUGAUCUUCUCAAGGAGGUAAAUGGUUCCAUCAGUUAUAAUAGCCUUGUGGGCGAUUCUGGGGAGGCAGACUGUAUUAGGAAAGAUAUUAUACAAGUUGAUUAUAUCUCUGAAGGCAAUUAUUCUGGGAAUGCGUCCUUGCCUAUUCGAAGGAAUAGUCGAAGAAGUAAAUCUAGUCAUAAGACACAGACCAAAAGGGCUUCGAGGAAAUGCAAGAACAAAACCAGUGUGCCACUCCUAGGUGGGGAUAUGAAGAUGAUCCUGGAGGCUGCUAGAAGGAAAAGAAGCUGUUUCUCUAAACCAGCUCGUUCUUCUAUCUGGGGAUUGGUAGGAAACAUUAAUAAGUUUUUUGAACAAGAUAAUGAUAUUGGAGUUGAUCAGGUUAUGUGUCAAGGAUUGGGGAAGGUGAGAGGUGCCCGUAAAAGUGGCACAAGGAACAAGAAGGGUGCAAUUUCUAGCUCACUGAGUUCAACGAAGAAAUGCUGUGCUUCAACGACUCGUGUUCGCUUGAAGAUUAAACUGGGGAAAGAAGUUCAUUUAAGUUGUUCAGAUGUCUUGGUUCCAGAUGUUAUGAACGGUUCAUGUUCUGCUUCUAAUGCGGGGCCUGGUCCAGGCUCUCAGGAAAGAAACAGCAAUGCUGGCAAUAAAUGUUCAGAAGCGGUUGAAGUAGGCAAGUCUGAAUCUUUAACAAACAGCCUGGAUGAGGAUGCCCUUGUUCUGAAUGGACAAAUGGCAAAUCAUCACUUUGAAGCUGCUGCAACAGAAGACAAGUCAGAUGAGGUCACCGAGCAAGUAUUGCAUAUGAUCUCUCCAGAGAGCAUGAUUGAACCGCUGAGAGAGACACGUAAUGAUAAGGGGAUGGAUCCUGGAACUUCGCCUGAUUCAGAAGUUAUCAAUUCAGUUCCUGAAGUCCAGGGUGGAGAAAGACAUCAACAAGGUUUGCACGAUUCUAUUCUUGGUUCUUCUAUAGUGUCUGCUGGUGGGAGAAGGAAGAAGCAAGACAAACUUACUUCUUCAAGUAGUUCUGUUGUUGAAGAUGGCUCACAAGGGCCACCAAGGAAAAAUAAAUCCAAGCACUCAAAGAAUCGUGGACGUAAAAAGAAUCCCAAUGAUGUUGUUUGCUCCAUGAGUUUGCAUACUUCCACUAGUAUAAAUGCCGUGAGCUACUCAGUAAGCCAUAAAGAAUUAUCCAGUGAAUCAUUGCCCCCAUCUGGAGAGAUUGAACUUGAAGACUCCGCUGAGGCUUUGAAAGUAAAAAAUGACAUGAAAGUUGAGACUACUUGCAGCCCAAAUGACAAUUAUGAGCUUUCAGCAAGAUCCUCAGGUCGUAAACUUCCUAAAAGUCUUACAUCUUGUAAAAUCAUCACUCCCAAAUCAAAAGCUUCUAACUCAAUGAGCCGGAAAAAGACUGGUAGCAGACGUAGGGAGAAACAACUGAAACCUAUUGAGAAGAGUGAAGUCAAGGGAAAAGCUGUUUCUGAAAAGGUUAUCUCUGAAGCAGAAGAUUGUGCAGGACAUGUUGAUGGAAGUGGUAGAUUGGAUGAUGUUGGAAAAACUAAUGCCGGUGACAACAAAGUAUCAGUAAAUGGAUCCAAUUUGGACACAAUAGUUAGUACUGGUUUGGGGGAGCAGCAUCCAUCACUUCAUAAUGCAUGGGUGCGCUGUGAUGAUUGUCACAAGUGGCGGCGUAUUCCUGUUGAGCUUGCAGAUCUAAUUGAAGAAAAACAGUGCACCUGGACCUGUAAGGAUAGCAAUGAUAAAGCCUUUUCUGAUUGCUCUAUACCCCAAGAAAAGUCAAAUGCAGAGAUCAACGCAGAGUUGGGAUUAUCAGAUGCAUCAGGAGAAGAAGAUGCUUAUGAAGGCCGUAAAAAGGAUAAGAAGUUGGAAUAUCAUCACCCAACAGUUCACCAGGAGUCAACUUUUACCCAUGUUCUUACUAAUGAGUUUCUGCACCGCAGCCGCAAAACUCAGACUAUUGAUGAGAUAAUGGUUUGCCAUUGUAAACCACCAUCAGAAGGUAGGUUUGGUUGUGGGGAUGAAUGUCUAAAUCGGAUGCUCAACAUUGAAUGUGUUCAAGGAACCUGUCCAUGCGGGGAUCUUUGUUCAAAUCAACAGUUCCAGCAACGCAAGUAUGCCAGCUUGACGUGGUUCAAAUGUGGGAAAAAAGGUUACGGGUUGAGGGCUGUUGAUGAUAUAUCUAAAGGGAAGUUUCUUAUUGAAUAUGUUGGGGAGGUGCUUGAUAUGCAUGCUUAUGAGGCACGGCAAAGAGAGUAUGCUUUCAAGGGUCAUCGGCAUUUCUACUUCAUGACCUUGAAUGGCAGCGAGGUGAUAGAUGCAAGUGCAAAAGGAAACCUGGGACGUUUCAUUAAUCACAGUUGUGAUCCUAAUUGCCGAACAGAAAAGUGGAUGGUGAAUGGCGAAAUCUGUAUUGGACUUUUUGCAUUGAGGGAUAUAAAGCAGGGUGAAGAGGUGACAUUUGAUUACAACUAUGUAAGGGUCUUUGGUGCUGCUGCCAAAAAAUGUUAUUGUAGUUCACCUCUAUGUCGUGGUUAUAUAGGUGGUGGUGAUCCACUUAAUGCUGAAGUCAUUGUUCAAGGUGAUUCAGAUGAAGAAUUUCCAGAACCAGUGAUGCUUACCGAAGGUGGUGAAAUUGAAGGCAGUAUACCUAGAUCUGAUGUUAUGCAUGCUGAAAGGAAUUUGUCAAAAGACAGAGAUCUAGUUGACAAGUCUAGAAGUGCUCAAGUGCCAGGCAAUAAUCAGGAGGAGAAUUCUGUAAUCCCAUCUCCUGCUAUUUCCCUGUUGCACUGCCCAUUAGAUGGGGAAGAUUCAAUGGGCAAAUUGCCAUCAUCUGACAUGGAAGAAAUUUCUCAACAAAUGGAGGAUGUGAUUAGUAAAUCCAUGCCUGCUGUACAACCACGGUAUUUGUUGAAACCAGAGCUUCCUGACAAUAUUUCUUCCAGCCAAAGAAUGGAGGCUUCUGCUACACCUAUUAGUAAAAUGAUGUCAAAUUUUAUUAAGAAUAAAAGAGAAUCCAAGUCUGAAAUAGUUGAGGACAGGCCUGGUUUUCCAAAAACACAUAUGCUUGUGAAGACCUCUCGAGCAAACAGUUCAGUUAAAAAGGGAAAGGUUCAUGCUAAUCAUUCAAAUGGCCUCAAAGCUGCAGUGGCAGCCAACAGAUUGCAGGUAGCAUCAAUCAAACCUAAAAAGGUGGUGGAAGGUUCUUCCAAUGGCCGUUUUGAAGCAGUUCAGGAGAAACUUAAGGAGUUGUUAGAUGAGGAUGGAGAAGGAGGAAUAAGCAAAAGAAAAGAUGCAACCAAAGGCUACUUAAAGCUGCUGCUUCUCACUGUGGCAUCAGAUGAUAGGAAUAAUGGCGAAGCAAUUCAAAGCAAUCGAGAUCUUUCCAUGAUCCUUGGUGCCCUUCUGAAAACAAAAUCUAGAGCAGUGCUGAAUGAUAUAAUUAACAAGAAUGGUCUGCAGAUGUUGCAUAACAUUAUGAAACAGUACAGACGGGAUUUCAAGAAAACUCCCAUACUACGGAAGCUUCUCAAGGUCUUGGAGUAUCUAGCAGCAAGCAAGAUUUUGACAUACGACCACAUUAAUAGCGGCCCCCCCUGUCAUGGAAUGGAGAGCCUUAGGGAGUCCAUGUUGUCUCUGACAGAGCAUGAUGACAAACAGGUCCAUCAAAUUGCUCGAAGCUUUCGGGACAGAUGGAUUCGCAGACCUUUCAAAAGACAUGGUUAUGUGGACCGAGAUGAUUUCAAGGGAGAAUCUCAUAGGAAUUUUAACUGCAAUAGAUUUUCAGCACCACAGAACCAUAGGCGGGAGCUCGAUGUGAGACCUAACGAAGCAACAGAUUGUGCCCAGCAAUCAAAACUUGUGACAACUUCAGUAGAUGUUGGUUCCCAGGAAGGCUGCUCUGCAGUGUCUUUAGAUGGGUGUAAAGUUGAUGGGACGAAAAGGCGCAAGCGUAAAAGCAGAUGGGAUCAACCUGCAGAGACAAUUUCAAAUUUAUCAUCUAGUCCAUGUAAGAAACAAAAUGUCGAUUCUGGGCUAUCAAUGCGUGCUGAUGCAGCUAUUGACUCUUUUGAUGGAAGUCAGAACAUUACUGAGGAUUUCCCCCCAGGUUUUUCCUGUCCUGUUCAACCGCAAUUGGAUUCUUCGAAUGCUUCACCUCACCCUGUUGAUCUUGCUUCGCAAAGUGUGGGCAAUUCUGGGUGCCCCCCAGAUACAGUAAUUGGACAUCUAAAGGAGAAAUUUAAUUCUCGCAUGCCUGUCUCAUAUGGAAUGCCAUUAUCUUUUGUCCAACAGUUUGGCACACCUCGUACUGAAAUAUCAGGGAGUUGGGUCAUUGCGCCGGGUGUGCCUUUCAGCCCAUUUCCUCCAUUGCCCCCCUAUCCACGGGAUAAUAAUGACUGUCGACCUUCUGGUUCUACUAAUUCUGCAGCUGUAGAUCAGCCUAUUGAAGUUCAGCAACGGGAUAUGAGUGGCCCAGUUGGUUGUUACCCUGAUGAUAUUACUCCCAGCACCACUGAUACUAGCACUAAAGACGUUGACCUUCCACAUGAAGAUGAUAAACAACCUUAUAAACGUUUGAAAGAUUCCUCUUGUGAUUUGGGAAGGAAGUACUUUAGACAGCAAAAAUGGAAUAAUUCAAAAAUACAUCGACCCUGGUUCAGGAGGAAUGCGUGGGGGUCUAAUGGGAACUACACUGCUGGAGGUGUAUGCAGUGUAAGCGUAGGAGAUGGACCAAGUGAGUCAAAAGUUGCAUAUUCUUCGGAGGAUGUAAUCUGUAGAGCGGAGGAAGGUGACAAUAAUGAUGUUUAAUAACAUUUUCAGCAGCAAAAACAGCAUUCAUCCAGGGAUUUCCACCCUUCAUUAUACAUUAAUAUAUUGUCAAUUCAUUUGUUCCGAUUCAAUGAAAAUUUGGUUCAAUUUCGGAAUCCUACUUAAUCAAAAGCUCCAUCAAUGAAGGAAGUUUAUCCCA